AUGAUGCAUACGGGCCAAAAAACUUUAAAAUGUGCAGACCGUGUAAAAAGAUCUAGUAAUCUUAGGCUUAUAAAGCAGCACAUGGUUACACAUAUAAGGGACAAACCUCACGAGUGUCCAGAGUGUGGGAAAAAAUUCAAUCGUCUUGGACAUGUGAAGCAGCACAUGGUUGUGCAUACGAAAAAUAAACCUCAUGGGUGUCCAGAAUGUGGGAAAAAAUUCAGUCAUCAAGGAGAUGUGAAGAGGCAUAUGGUUGUGCAUACAGGGGAUAAACUUCAUGAGUGUUCAGAAUGUGGGAAACGAUUCAGUCGUCUUGGACUUGUGAAGGAGCACAUGGUUGUGCAUACGAGGGAUAAACCUCACGAGUGUCCAGAUUGGGAUAAACAUCACGAGUGUCCAGAGUGUGGGAAAAGAUUCAGUCAUCUUGGAAAUAUGAAUACUCACAUGAUGGUGCAUUCAGCCCAGAAACCUUUCGAAUGUGCAGAGUGUGGGAAAAGUUUCAGUCAUCUUAAACAUGUGAAGCGGCAUAUGUUUGUGCAUACAGGGGAAAAACCUCACAAGUGUCCAGAGUGUGGGAAAAGAUUCAGUUAUACUGGAGGUCUAAAGAGGCACAUAAUGUUGCAUACAGGAAGGAAACCUUUUGAAUGUGCCGAAUGUGGUAGAAGAUUUGGAGAACGUAGCAAUAUAAUUAGACACUUGUUAGUGCAUACUGGUGUUAAACCUCAUGCUUGUCCAGAGUGUGGAAAAAGGUUCAAGCAAAGUAGUAGUAUGAGAAAACACAUCAUGUUAUUGCAUCCAAGUGAUAAACCUGACUUGGCUUAG